UUGCCGCUGUUGCGCUGCCUCUGCUCAUAACUUACAGUGAUGAGAGAAGGAUUCACGGCUCAAACAGACGAGCACAACGCAGGUUCAUGCAAGAGAAAGUGCUAUAGACGCAGCAGUGUGGAAUUCACUUGCACGAAGGUUCUGUCACAGUGAACAGCAAAUAAGCAUUGAGUUGAGAGCUUCUUUUUUUUCCCUGCUUUGGUUUAGACUGGUGCAGUUCAAUAAAAAAAAUUGUAAAUUUUUACAUACACUGAGGCUACACCGUGAACCGAUCAAUCAGCCUACGAAGACUAUUCUACAUGCACGAGAUCCCUUAAAGUUAAAGGUACAUGGCUAAUAAGUUGCCAUUUGACCUUUUGACUUGGCAAAGUACAAUGAUGAUAUAGUAAUUGUCGUCAAACAGUGGAAGUCAGAUCGGAGCAGUGCACUCGCUCCUAACCUCAGUUCACUCAACGUUAGUGCUGUCAGCCCCUUAAAGAAAUCGUAAGUGUGCUGUACGUUUACGCGUGGACACACACGCGCGCGCGCGCACACACACACAGACAGACAUACUUGUUGAUAUAGACGUACAUACACAUAAAUACAUACAUACAUGUAUAUCUGGAUUAGUAUAUAAAUAUACGUAACGUGUCCUGCCUAUGCAGCAUCCCUGGUUAUCCCCUCGGUUAUCCCAGUGAUGUGUACAUAAGUGCUCAGUGAAUAAGCAAUAAGACAUCUGUUGAUUUAGCUGUACUUCUACAUUGUAGCACCAGUUAAGUGAGCAGAACAGCAGUGCUGUGCGUCUUGAAAUAUCAUUAAGCCCAUCAGCGAGAACAAAAACAGCCAAGAUAAACAAUUAAGCAAUUUAAAACAUACGAUUAUGUCAACAGCAGUUAUGAGCAGUAGCCAAAUCAUGUUCGAUUAUUUUAAGACCAGUAGCGGAAAUAUCAAUGCCACGAACGAAACAGCGGCUGCAGCAACUGCUAUGGUGAGCCAACAGGUUCUUGGUGCUUUAACUAUAAGUCAGACGUCUACGACAAGUUACAGUAGUAACAACUCCCCUAUCAUACGGCGCAGUUAUAACAACCUAGUGAACCUACUUGAGCAACACCGCAAGCUUGAUCGAUCCGUUAGCGAGCCAACCUCGCGCUAUAAGACUGAGCUUUGUCGACCGUUUGAGGAGAGUGGUAGCUGCAAGUACGGGGACAAGUGUCAGUUCGCACAUGGCUACUCCGAACUGCGUAACCUCACGCGCCAUCCUAAGUACAAGACAGAACUUUGCCGUACUUUUCAUAAAAUCGGCUUCUGCCCAUAUGGGCCUCGCUGUCACUUUGUGCACAACUUUGAAGAGGCACGCGUUCAUAACUUAAAACUAACAGUACCUAACGGUGACUCAAAUGUUUGUAUGGCUACUGAAGAUUCAGGACCCAUAAGUCUUAGCUCACUUCUUCAACCCUUUGGGGUAGGUGCUGCUCUUAUUGAACAAUUAACUACUGGUAAUACAUCCGAUGGGGCUAAUGUUCCGCUCGUACGCGCCAGCUCACUUAGUCAGGUAAACCAAUUACCGUGCCACCACUACCACCACCAUUAUCAGCAACAGCCAACAGUAUUUACUCUGCCUAAGAGCAGCUCAUUUGGUCUGUCCGAAGCUAGCUACACUACUAAGCCCACAACACUUAACCUCUCGCCUACUUUUUCAUUGGGCAGCGUUGCAGAAUCGAUCUCACCCACUUCAAGCCUUAGCCAGUCACCAACCAACUCUAUGACAAGCUUCUUCGGCGAUGAAUCGGCCUCCCCACCGCUCGACCGUACUUCUGUCAUCAUUAAUUCUGGUAAUAGUGGCACCGAAAGUAUGUUAACUUUUACCGGCCUCGGACAAAAACUGGUAGGCUCGCAUAGGUGCACCUCCAGCCCACCACUAUUGGACACAAGGACCCAGGCACCCUUAUCACCUGGUGCUGAAAGUCGGCUGCCCAUCUUUAACCAAAUAAGCAGCACUGUCUUUCAUAGUUUUGAUAAUUUAAAGAUCUAAUCUAACUUUUAUGUUAGUAGACAGAAUCGAAGCUGGCAGUACUGUAAGCGAAUAAGUCAACUUGUAUUACCAAACAGGUAAAGGAUAAAAAAAACAAUUUUUUUACCCUAUUUAAGGAGGGUUUGCCGUCCUGUCAUCUACCAAUCUUCCAAAAUGCCCUGUAAAUGGUGAAAGCUUUCGAUCUUGGGAUAUUGUAACAUGGUCAACAUCGCCUAAAAGUUCAGGGGUUGUUCCAAACUAACUAUUGUCUUCCAAUCAAUUGCAAGUCCGUGUGAGUGAGUAAUAGAGUGCUUCAAAAAUAGAAGACAUAAAAAAGAAGUUUGUAAAUAGAAGAGAAAAAAUUUUCUGCAGAAAGAGGUUUUGUUGACACGCUAUAGUGACUCCAUAUUUUUAGGCUGAAACUAGGGGCCAAACCUGUCACGAAGAUCGUUAACCUCGUUCGUUAGUCGUGUAUUACUUUUUAUAGCAACAUACUCGUUUUUCUAUUUUUAUAAUUAUUUAAUUGACUUGAAUAAUGUAAGCUCCUCCGUUUAUGUGUACAACAAAUGAUAAUUGUAUUGCGUUAGAAUUUAUGGUCUGACAUAAUGAUCUCUACAGUUUUUUGAAAACCGUUAUACAAGACUAAAAAAAGUGCAAGCUUAGUAUGAUCAAGAAGUAAGUUAAAUAAUUAUACAGUGCAAGUACUCACAAGAUAAAAAAAAGAUACUUCUUGAUCGCAGAAAGUAUAUAAAAACUGUGUCUU